AUGACCCAAUCUGAGCCCGCUUUCGAGAAGGACCGCCAUAUCAAAUACUGGAAGCGGUGCCAUGACACAUACCUCCCGUCGCCGUACACGGCAUCGGACUCGACUCGGUUGAUGUGGGCGUGCUUCACGUACUCAGCUCUGGACAUACUAUAUGUGCCGUUGGACCCCGAGGACGCAGCCAUUGUGCGCACUUGGGUUCUGAACUUGCAACAUCCUCAAGGUGGAUUUUGCGGCAGCCCAGCUCAUGGACACAAGGGCCAGACGGCAGAUCAAGGCCAUGCGAACUUGGCGGCAACCUUUUUCGCCCUGGUGCUGCUUGCUGUAGUGGCAGAGCAUGGCGAGGCUGGCGCGGACGCAUAUGCUGGGGUCAAUCGGCAACAGACACUCAGUUGGCUUCGACAAUUGCAGCGGGACGACGGCAGCUUUGGGCAGAACAUGUGGGACGGUCAACCCGUCGGCGGCAGAGACACUCGACACAGCUACUUGGCGAGCUCGGUUAGGUGGAUGCUCCGCGGAGACCCCGGGAAGGGCAGCACGGCGGAGGAAGAAGAUAUCGACGUGGAAGCGAUGAUUAAGCACAUUCGCCGCGGGCAAACAUACGACGGGGGGCUAGCCGAAGCUUCAUCACACGAGUCUCAUGCUGGCUACGCAUACUGCUCUGUCGCCGCGCUAUCGCUCUUAGAUAGGCCACUGCGAUCCUCGGAUGGCACGUCACAUGAAGCUGUGCUUCGAGGCACAAGCAAUCGGGACCAUCUGCUGAAGUUCUUGGCGGAUCGCCAAUUUGUCUACCUGGCCCAAGAUGAAGAAGAAGAGGGCGUUUCGCACGAUGCGGCAGAGGAGAACUUCAUCAUGGCACAGUUGAAUUCUCUCAACAUUGAUGACAGCUGCGAAUAUGGUGGCUUCAACGGCCGUUGCAACAAAAAGGCCGACACGUGCUAUUGCUGGUGGGCCAUGGGUACACUGCGCAUGCUCGAUUCAGGGUUCGAUAUCAGUGCAAGCCCGGCGCGCCGUUACUUAUUGGAGAUCACACAACACCGGAUCGGCGGAUUUUCCAAGGUGGCAGGAGCACCUCCUGACUUGUAUCACGCGUACCUCGGCCUUGCGGGACUAGCGUUGUUGGGCGAAAGUGGUAUCAAGGAAUUCGACGUCGGCUUGUGUUGCAGCACCGAAACGACUGCCAAGAUUGAGCGCGCGAGGGCUGGACUGAUACAGAGGGCAGAGCAAGAUGCCGAGUCUGAGCAGGAGGACAGAUUCUGGGAGCAAGUAUGA